CGAGGGGAGGGACGCUGCCGAGCCCCGCCGCCGGGGCGUGCCAGCGGCCGCCCGCCGCGCUCCCGGCUCCCUGCGCUCAGCCGCGCCGCCGCGUCAACAUGCCCGCCGUCGAUAAACUCCUGCUGGAAGAGGCUUUGCAGGACAGCCCGCAGACUCGGUCUUUGCUCAGUGUAUUUGAAGAGGAUGCAGGAACCCUUACUGAAUAUACCAACCAGUUGCUUCAGGCAAUGCAACGAGUCUAUGGUGCUCAGAAUGAAAUGUGUCUUGCCACGCAACAGCUUUCGAAGCAGCUGCUUGCCUAUGAAAAGCAGCAUUUUGCCUUAGGUAAAGGAGAUGAAGAAGUGAUAUCCACCCUUCAUUACUUCUCAAAAGUUGUGGAUGAGCUCAAUAUUCUUCAUUCUGAACUGGCAAAACAGCUUGCAGAUACAAUGGUUCUACCAAUAAUACAGUUUCGGGAAAAGGAUCUCACAGAAGUAAGCACCUUGAAGGAUCUUUUUGGCCUUGCUAGCAACGAACAUGACGUGUCCAUGGCAAAGUAUAGCAGGUUACCGAAAAGGAAAGAAAAUGAAAAGCUUAAAGCAGAAGUGGCAAAAGAAGUGGCAAAUGCAAGAAGAAAGCAGCACCUUUCAUCUCUGCAAUAUUACUGUGCCCUGAAUGCUCUGCAGUACAGGAAGAGAAUGGCAAUGAUGGAACCUAUGCUAGGGUAUACACGAGGACAGAUCAACUUUUUUAAGAAAGGAGCAGAGAUGUUUUCCAAACGAAUGGACGGCUUUUUGUCAUCAGUUUCAGACAUGGUUCAAAGCAUACAGGGAGAGAUGGACGUUGAAGCUGAAAAAAUGAGGGUAUCUCAGCAGGACUUAAUUGCAGUUAAUGAAGCAGUUUAUACCCCAGAUUCAGAUGUAACCUCACCCGCUAUCAAUAGAAAUCUGAUCCAGAAGGCUGGCUACCUUAAUCUUAGAAAUAAAACAGGUCUGGUGACUACCACUUGGGAAAGGCUGUAUUUCUUCACCCAAGGUGGCAACUUGAUGUGUCAGCCGAGGGGAGCGGUAGCUGGAGGAUUGAUUCAGGACCUGGACAACUGCUCUGUCAUGGCUGUGGACUGCGAGGACAGAAGAUACUGCUUUCAGAUCACUACUCCUACAGGCAAAGCGGGUAUAACCCUUCAAGCAGAGAGCAAGAAAGAAUAUGAGGAGUGGAUAUGUGCCAUCAACAACAUCUCCAGACAGAUCUAUCUCACUGACAAUCCAGAGGCAGCUGCAAUCAAGUUAAAUCAGACAGCCCUACAAGCAGUGACUCCCAUUACCACCUUUGGGAAAAAACAUGAUGUUCACCACCCCAGCCAGAAUGUGAAGAAUAUGGAAAAUGAUAAAAUAAUUCCCAAUGAAUCAGCUGCUAUUCAGGACUCCACACAACUCAUCGCUCCUGGAACACCGAUUCAAUUUGAUAUCGUGCUGCCUGCCAUGGAGUUCCUGGACCAGAACAGAGGUGGCAGGCGUGCAAACCCAUUUGGGGAAUCUGAAGACAGCAGCAAAGAUGAGGAAGAAGAUUCCCUCCUGCAGCAGAUGUUUGUAGUUCGGUUCCUGGGCUCCAUGGCCGUGAGGUCAGAUGAGACGAGUGAGGUGAUUUAUGAAGCUAUGAGACAGGUGUUGGCUGCUCGUGCCAUUCACAACAUAUUCCGUAUGACCGAAUCCCACCUCAUGGUCACCAGCAAGAACCUGAGGUUGAUAGAUCCUCAAACCCAAGUCACCCGAAUAAGUUUUGAACUCCCCACCGUGACCCAGUUUGCUGCUCAUCAGGAGAACAGGCGCCUGAUUGGCUUUGUGGUCCACCUCAGUGAGGCUCUGGGAGAAGAAUCCAUGAGUGCUUACGUUUUUGAGAGCAACACCGAAGGGGAAAAGAUUUGCUAUGCCAUCAGCUUGGGAAAAGAAAUCAUUGAGGCAGAGAAGGACCCAGAGGCAUUAGCUCAGCUAAUGAAGUCUGUGCCCUUAACAAACGAUGGGAAGUUCCUGCUUCUGAACGAUCAGUCUGAAGAGGACGGAGCCCUGCACGAAGGGGAGGAGUCAGAAGCAUAAAAUCUUGUCCUUCCCUGCAGCCGCUGGGGGAGCAGGAGGCGCGUUGUGGGAAGCUCUGGUUUUCAGUCAUCAGCGCACACGAGAGGCAGCUCCCGUCCUGCUGCUCCAGGGAGCCGUGCCUCUCUCCACGGCAUUGGCCUCUGGAUUUACAGCUGCUUGCCAGCAGGACUUGGCCUUUGAGAAGUUGUGCAUGUGUGACUGUGUCGUGCAGAGGCAGGGUGGAGAAGCUGACAGUCUUAGGGAAGGUUUUGGCAUUAGCCCCUUGCUGCUGGGAAUUGUGACAGCACAGCUCUCAGCCACGAAGGGUUAAUGCCAUCUCUUCAGACCUGCACGACCAGCAGCCUGCAAUUCCAGGGCACUGAGGGUAAGCUGUCAGCUUCUUUAGCAGAGGUCAGGCCUCAAAUUUCCCACCCUAGGCGAUGUUCAUAGUUUGCAUGAUGAUGUGCAUCUGAAUGAAGGUUAAAAAUGCACUAUUUACUUUAUUCUCAGAUGAAGUUCUUUGUAGCCUAGUUUCAGCAUAACGAGCUCUGCCUUUUGUGCUAGCCUCUUUACAAAAACAAUUUGUUAAACACUAAAGUUUUCCUAUUAAUAUAAUCUAUUUUUAUAUUGCAUCUAGAAUAAGCUUCCAAAACAAGUGCCUACUCUCACCUUCCCGGGGCCUGCACUCACACGUGGCCGCUCCGUCACGGGCAUCCUGUACCUCCUGGAUUCAUUAUUCUACAUAAGCCUGACACCCCAGCAGCAGACCCAGUCAGUGAAGGGGGUGUGGUUAGCUGUCUUCAAAGUUCAGUUGCCAGAGAUGAUAAGUGUAGGACAAUUAAGUACUUUUAUAAUAAGAAUUCUUUGUAUUUUUAACAUUGUGGUGAGCUGCGAGAGGUGAGUUGAGCAGCAAGCUUGGGUUGGAAGAAACCUGAGCAAGGAAAUGCAAGAGAGUAAGUCUACAGUGUAUUGAUUAGUCUCAUUCUACCUUCCCAACAUGAGACAUUAGAGGUAUUUGGCUAAGAAGCUUAGAUUUUCACUACCCCCCCUUCCCUUUUAACCUGAAAACGUGAGAAGCUGUACUUUGCAAGAGCAAACAAAAAUAAACAACCUAAACAGUUA